CCUCUGCUGGAUCAGCAAAUCCACAUUCCCUACGCUGCCGACGGCGGAGGCGCCGGGUACAGCCCAGUGGGUUCGUCUCCGCCGCCGUACCAAUCUAUCCCCGCUGGUGCCACCGUGAUCAAUCACGUGAUGAACUUGAAUUCCGUUGAUCAGAAGCGGAAGAGGGGGCGGCCCAGGAAGUACGGUCCAGAUGGCAGCAUGGCCAUUUCCAUGGCUUCGCAACAGCAGCCUAUCAGCAUUGCCAUGCCCCAGCAGCAGCACACUUUCUCCCCACAGGCGGCGGCCCCUUCUCUUAAUUUGCAGAUGGAGGCCCAUCCCCCGGUGGGUGGCUCAGCCGCGCCCACCGUCAAGAAGGCCAGGGGCAGACCCCGCGGUUCAAGCAAUAAAAAGCAGCAAAAGGAGGCUUUAGGUUCAAAUGGUCUUGGAUUUGUACCACAUGUGCUCAAUGUCAAUGCAGGAGAGGAUGUCUCUUCAAAAAUAAUGGCUAUUUCUCAGAACAGACCGAGAGCUGUUUGUGUCCUAUCUGCCAACGGGGCAAUAUCAAAUGUGACACUUCGACAAGCUGCCACAUCUGGUGGAACGGCAACUUAUGAGGGCCGCUUUGACAUCCUGUCUCUUUCUGGUUCUUUUAUGCUUACUGAAGUUGCCGGUCAUAAAAGCAGAACUGGUGGUCUGAGUAUUGCUUUGGCUGGACCCGAUGGAAGGGUAAUGGGUGGUUGUGUGGCUGGUUUACUGGUUGCAGCAUCCCCCGUCCAGGUUAUAGUGGGAAGCUUUCUGCCCGAUUGUCAAAGAGAAGCUACAACAAACUUUAUGGAGCCUGCAUCAGCUCCCCCACAGGUUAACCUGGGUGGUGCUGCUGGUACCAGCAGCUCACCAUCAAGAGGGACUCUUAGUGAGUCGUCUGGUGGUCCUGCAAGUCCGCUAAAUUUAAGUGCUGGUGCUUGCAAUAAUAUCCCACAAGGCAUGACAGGCAUGCCUUGGAAAUAAUCAGCUGUAUAGUUAUCCCUCCCAUUGACAACUAUGUAACAUAAGUACUUAGUGUAAUACUAUCGGAAUAAAGACCACUGGCUGCUUUCCAUCUUGAGUCUUUCAGGAAUGCGCCUUGCAGAGUUAGGUUCUUAGUCUACUGAUCCUUUUGGUUUUUAUUCCGGCUGUUGUAGUUGUUUGUAUAAAACGCUGGUAGUUAGUCUUUAAUGUCUUUUUCUUCUCCAACCUAGUUGUUGUGCUCUUUUAAUUCUUAUUCGUUCGCUAUUGAGUAAUAAUGCUGGUUAUAA